UCUCCACUACUCUCUCUCUCUCACUCACUCUCCUCUUCUUAGAAUCGGUAUCCGAGUCAACUCAGCGGAAGAACCCGCCACAAUGCUGGAGCGGUGCCUGGGUCCCCGGCGCGUGCGCCAGAUGCAGCGCGCGUGCCGCCACAGCACCGUGACCUUCCUCUGCCUCUUCCUCACGCUGGUCGUGCUCCGCGGCACCAUCGGCGCCGGCAAGUUCGGCACGCCGGAGCAGGACUUCAACGAGAUCCGGCACCACCUCUCCGCCGCCCGCGCGCGCCGCGUGCUGGAGGAAUCGAAGCCCGAAUCAAACCCUAACAGCAACGGCGAUGCGAACUCCAACAACUACGCCACCUUCGAUCUCUCGAAGAUCCUGGUGGACGAGCCUCUCCAAAACGACGAAAAGCGCGACCCAAACGCGCCCUACACGCUGGGCCCCAAAAUCUCCGACUGGGACGAGCAGCGCCGCCAGUGGCUCCGCGCGAAUCCGGACUAUCCGAAUUUCAUCCGGCCCAACAAACCGCGUGUGCUUUUAGUGACCGGUUCGUCGCCCAAACCGUGCGAAAACCCGGUCGGGGACCACUACCUUGUUAAAUCGAUUAAGAACAAGAUUGACUAUUGUAGAGUUCAUGGGAUUGAGGUUUUCUACAACAUGGCUCUUUUGGAUGCUGAGAUGGCAGGGUUUUGGGCCAAGCUUCCUUUGAUUCGGAAGCUUCUUUUGUCGCACCCUGAAGUGGAGUUCCUCUGGUGGAUGGACAGUGAUGCAAUGUUCACCGACAUGGCGUUUGAGGUGCCAUGGGAGAGGUACAAAGAUUCUAACUUUGUUAUGCAUGGUUGGAAUGAGAUGGUGUAUGAUGAGAAGAAUUGGAUUGGUUUGAACACUGGGAGCUUUUUGCUUAGGAAUUGUCAAUGGUCUUUGGAUAUUCUUGAUGCUUGGGCUCCAAUGGGUCCCAAAGGGAAGAUUAGGGAUGAGGCAGGGAAAGUUCUCACUAGGGAGCUUAAGAAUAGGCCUGUUUUUGAGGCUGAUGAUCAAUCUGCUAUGGUUUAUUUGUUGGCCACUGGGAAGGAGAAAUGGGGGGAUAAGGUUUACCUUGAGAAUGCUUAUUACUUGCACGGCUAUUGGGGGAUUUUGGUGGAUCGUUAUGAGGAGAUGAUUGAGAAUUAUCACCCUGGGCUUGGGGAUCAUAGGUGGCCUUUGGUCACUCACUUUGUGGGGUGCAAGCCUUGUGGCAAGUUUGGGGAUUAUCCUGUGGAGAGGUGCUUGAAACAGAUGGAUAGGGCUUAUAAUUUUGGGGAUAAUCAGAUUUUGCAGAUGUAUGGUUUCACUCAUAAGUCCCUUGCUAGUCGUAGGGUGAAGAGGGUGAGGAAUGAUAGUAGUAAUCCUAUUGAGGUCAAGGAUGAGCUUGGAUUGCUUCACCCUGCUUUCAAAGCUAUCAAGCUACCUUCUUCUUCAUGAUGGUGAUGUCAGGGUUUUAAUACUGUGGAGAAUUGCAGAUAAGCGUGGCUGAUGCGUCUGCAAUUACGGUCAUGGUGAAAUCAAAAACCUUGACGUUGCGACUAAAAUCGAGGUGAAACUGUAUUUUACAAGUUACAAACUUUGGUGAUGUUGAUGUUGGUUCCUUUUCCUAGUCCAUACUAUUGCUACUUGAUAUUCAUUCAUCUGCUGCCACUAUACUAUCAUUGUUGCGGAUGGUGAUGAUAGUGUUGAAAAUUGUAAUCUUUAAUUUAUUUGUUGGGUUAUUGAGUUAUAGCCAUUUUUUUAAAAGAACAAAUAGCUUUCUUUCUCUACUGUGUUUUUUCUUCCUGGACUCUCUGAUGGUUCAUUUUGUGGAUAAAUUGAUUGAUGAGGAAUUAUCGAAUUGAGAAUAAUUCCUUUCUUUAUUUUUUGGAUGAA